GUAGGGGGCGAGAGAGAACACCAGUCAGAAAAAUGAACCGAUUGGUGUCAGAACAAUGUAAUACAAAAUAUUAGCAGGUUAGCCACGAAGGCUAAUGUUGGUCGUAUUUUCAGUUAUAACCGCUGGUAAAAUGAAGCUGUACUGUUUGUCUGGCCACCCAACGCUGCCCUGCAAUGUCCUCAAAUUCAAGUCCACCACCAUCAUGCUGGACUGUGGACUGGACACAACGUCUGUCCUAAACUUUCUCCCUCUUCCUCUGGUGCACAGUCCAAGACUCUCUAAGCUCCCAGGCUGGAUCUCGAAGGAUGGUACCAUAAACCUGGAAAAGGAGCUGAAAGAAUGCGCUGGAAGAGUAUUUGUGGACUCCCAACCAGAAUUCUGCCUCCCUGAGAGGGAGCUGCUGGACCUCUCCACCAUCGAUGUCAUCCUCAUCUCCAACUACCACUGUAUGAUGGCCUUGCCCUACAUCACAGAACACACUGGCUUCACAGGGACGGUGUACGCCACGGAGCCCACUCUGCAGAUUGGAAGAUUGCUGAUGGAGGAGCUGGUGAACUUCAUGGAGAGGGUUCCUAAAGCUCAGUCUGCCACCUGCUGGAAGAACAAGGAAAUACAGAGGUUGCUUCCUGGGUCGCUGAAGGAUGCCGUGGACGUGCGGACGUGGAAACGGUGCUACAGCAUGCAGGAGGUCAACUCAGCCCUCAGCAAGGUGCAGCUUGUUGGCUACUCCCAGAAAGUGGAGUUGUUUGGAGCUGUGCAGGUCUCCCCCUUAAGCUCCGGCUACUCAUUGGGCAGCUCCAACUGGAUCAUCCAGUCGCAUCAUGAGAAGGUGUCCUACGUGUCGGGUUCUUCCCUCCUCACCACGCACCCGCAGCCGAUGGACCAGAGCUCCUUGAAGAACAGCGACGUUCUGAUUCUGACCGGCCUCACACAGAUGCCCACUGCCAACCCAGACGGCAUGCUGGGAGAAUUCUGCAGCAACUUGGCCAUGACGAUCCGGGCAGGAGGCAACGUUCUGGUCCCCUGCUACUCCUCUGGAGUGAUAUACGACCUGCUGGAGUGCCUGUACCAAUUCAUUGAGAGCGCCAACCUGGGAACCACGCCCUUUUACUUCAUCUCACCUGUAGCCAACAGUUCGCUGGAGUUCUCUCAGAUCUUUGCUGAGUGGCUUUGUCAUAAUAAGCAAACUAAGGUGUAUCUUCCUGAGCCUCCUUUCCCACAUGCAGAGCUGAUCCAGACCAACAAGCUGAAGCACUACCCCAGCAUCCACGGCGACUUCAGCAGCGAGUUCCGUCAGCCCUGCGUGGUUUUUACCGGGCACCCGUCGCUCCGCUUCGGAGAUGUGGUUCAUUUCAUGGAGCUGUGGGGCAAAUCCAGCCUCAAUACAGUCAUCUUUACAGAGCCAGAUUUCUCCUACCUGGAUGCCCUGGCUCCUUACCAGCCGCUAGCCAUGAAAUGUGUUUACUGCCCUAUUGAUACCAGGCUCAACUUCCAUCAAGUUUCUAAGCUCCUGAAGGAAGUCCAGCCCCUCCAUGUGGUGUGUCCAGAGCAGUACACCCAGCCUCCUGUAACGCAGUCCCACCGUGCUGAUCUGAUGCUGGAGCUCCAGCCUCCUCCCAUGCCGUACAGACGCUGCUCCGUACUCAAUCUGCCCUUUAGGCGGCGCUAUGAGCGGGUCUACAUCCUGCCAGAGCUCGCCAACUCACUGGUGCCUUCUGAGGUCAAACCCGGCAUCUCCGUGGCAACCGUGUCAGCGGUGCUGCAGUCGAAGGACAAUAAGCACACACUGCAGUCGGUGCCCAAACCGCCUCCUGCCCCCCCGAGCAAAAAGAGGAAGCGGGUGAUAGAGGAGCCCCCUGUGACGCUGGCCCAUAAACCCCUGCUGAGUGGAGCUGUACCCCUGGAAGCUUUCCUUGCCACACUGCAGAAGCACGGCAUUACAGAGGUCAAAGUGGAGGAGACGGCAGACGGACACAUUCUGCACCUGCAGGCUGAAGACACCCUGAUUCAGCUGGAGGAGGACGGGACGCACAUCGUCUGUGAUAACAACGAGCCGCUGCGGGCCACGCUCAGAGACUUGGUGCUCCGCUUCCUGCAGAAACUCUGACUGCUUGUUAUGUGGAACUGCAAGCAAA